AAGGAGAAAUAUCACACCUUACUUGCGGUGAUGUACCUGGAUAUGGUGCUACGUCUACUCAAAGAAAAUGGUCCCAGCAGUGAUUCAGAGAGACUGAAGACGAUUCGGGAAAAGCUGCAGCACCUGUUGCGGACAUCGAGUUCCUAUCGGGUGCAGCUGUUGUUGGGCAGGACACUGGAGCAUGGGUUGCAUCAAGAGUGUGCCAUUCUAUACGGCAAGCUGGAAGACCAUGACAAGGCACUUCGCAUUCUGGUCCACCAGCUGAAGGACUAUGAGGCAGCCGAGGACUACUGCCAGCGACUGUCUCAAGGGCGAGACCGGCGCUUCCGACACCGCCUGUACCACACUCUCCUCGCCGUCUACUUGGACAGCAGUCUUCCGAAAAAUGACCAAGAAGCGUUACUGCCAGCUGCCAUCCAGCUGCUAAACAGCGAAGUGGCUGAAUUUGAUGCUGUGAAGGUGCUGCAGCUGCUGCCCCCUGAUUGGUCAGUCUCCCUGAUGGACCAGUUUCUGGCAAAGGCGGUGCGCACCUCGCUACACCGGUGCAACACGGCUCGGGUCGAGAGCGCCCUCCGCCGUGCCGAGAACCUUCAGGUGCGCCUGCGAGAGGCCCUGCUGCACCAGUCCUCGAUGACACUCACCGAGGAUAGGACAUGCGCCAUCUGCCUGAAGCACUUCCAGGAUCCUUCGUUCGCGUGGUGCCCCAAUGGAUCCGUCGUGCACGUCGACUGCAUGAAGAAUGUGGCCGGAACACAGGGACAUUCCAAGGACAGUUCGCGGAGCAGCCCCAGAUGAUGACGGCUGGUUCGAUGCUAGUCUCCGUAGACUUAAGGUUGGGGGGGCACGUUAGAUCUUUGCGGAAGGUCUAGUCUAUCGCAUUUCCACCAAACGCUAAUUGCAACGCAACGAGUUAAUCAUUUGCGUCUUCUUAAGGCUAUUACAAACAAACGCAAGCGGACACGUUGCAUUGUUGCUGCCCCCCUCCCCCUUCCCCCAAUUCGCAACCUCGACUUCAGACUUGUACAGUGUUUACUUGCUGUCUACAGAAUAAAUGUAUUUAUUUUCUCGGCUCAA